UUUCUCACCUUUUUGUUCGUUGUGUACGAUGUGAUUUUUUGCUCGUGGAUGUUGAAACCGUUGAAAACAACGUAAUAGUAAACGCUGCCUGCAUCUGAAAAUCACGUGUAGUGUAGUUUAUUGUCAGUACUUAGCAACGACUUUUAUAAGUGUUUCGUUAGAAAUCUCUGUUAGGAUCUUGGAUUGGAAAAUCUUUGUGGCGAUAAUCAGUGUGUCACCGAAAUCGUCACCAGUGUUCCAGGAGAUCCAGGGUCUCCUCUUUUUGCAGAACAAUUGAUUAUUAUGGUUUAUCGACCAGUAAGUCUCGGUAAAGUUUCUGUGAGUAGAGUUCCACUAACCAUAUUUUUGUUCUUUCAGUCGUAUGUAGACAUUAUUGAAAGUUCCAUUGUAAAUCAAAUGUCCGUUCUCGAAGAAAGAAUAAUGUCUAGUUUUAGAAUCAAGAACACAUCUUCCUUGAUGACGACUUUCCCAAGCCAUUGUGCCACAGAUCAGGAUAAGAAGUAAAGAAAAAAUUAUGUAUUCCUAAGAAAGUAUAUGUGUUAUUUGAUCAUGCAUAUCUCUUAGUUUUUAAGAGCUAAAUUUUGGCAAUCCUCUAUACGCACAAAUAUACUAUUCUCGUAAAAACCAUGUAUUUAAAUUGUGAUAGAAUCAUUAGAUUUUGCUCACUCCAGCUCCAUAAAAAGCAACCAGUAUUACUGUUAAAGAUAUCUAACAUGGAGGAAGAUAAUUUAGCUAAUUCCACCGUUGAUGUAUUGUUUAAACUUUGUUUACCUGCGAUAUCUAAGACUUGGGUUGAUGAAGUUUGGCAAACAGAUUUCUGUGAAGCUUGUAACUUACCAGAUAAUUUAUUAGAUGAAUCGGAUUCUCCUAAAUCACAUAGUGAUACUUUGAUUUCUGUGUUAAAAGUCGUCGAAACUUGGUCGAAAUGUGAUGCCGACAGCCAGCCUUUAGGUUUUUGGGCUGUUUUAGUUGAAAACGAACUGUCUCAUCAUGCAUUGGUUGCAUUAUUGUAUGCCUUUAUGCAUUCUUCAAAUAAGAAUUCCCAAAUUGGAUAUCAGCUGAAGUCAUCCAUUUUGGCUUCAAAUAUUUAUAUAUUACUAAACCAACUUCCUGGGAGUGGUGCAUAUAAGAUAUUUCAUCCUUUAAUCUUUCAAAAAGCAAUUGAUGUUUUGCAAUAUUGGCCAAACUGUGACAAUACAAAUGGAAAACGUAGGCAAUUACUACAGAGCAACUUUAGCCGAAAAUCAAGACGUAUCAUUGGUCAGAAUUUGGCCAAUGACAUGGGUGAUGACUUGGAUCACUCAUUUAAUGAAAGGAAUGUUUGUGAAGACAUCUCACAACUUGGUUUAUUUGAUGUACCAAAGAUGACUAUGGAAGUCAGAAACUGUUUGGUGAAGUAUUUCAAUGAUCUUAUUAAAUUUCUUCAUUCUAACUCACUCAAAGACUGUGGACAAACAUUGGAUCAUGUCAGAUCAAUCUUGGUUGAUCUGACUAGAAUAGAGCCUUCACCUGUUGAGUUAAAUUGUGCUGACACUGUAUCUUCAAAGACUUCUUUAAGUUAUCUCGUAUUUAAGGUUUUGAAAUGUAUUAUCCAACCAUUGCAUGGAGAUGUUGGUCAAAAUUUGCGUAAGAUCUUUAAGCAUCUUUUACCUAACAUUUUAUCAACAUAUGGGAAUGAAUCAACUGGAGCCAUUUCCAUUACAAAAGAAAAGCAGAUUGUGAAAGACAAUUCAGUUAACUUUGUGCGCUCCAUGAUUGAAGACAACGGAGAGAGUUCUCUGCCGGCGGUUCGAGUUCUUGUUCAACAUUUAUGCAUGAAAGUUCCUGAUCAAGCAGAGUUUAGGAAUUCACUUGCCAGUGCAUUAACUGUCAUAAUUGAAUCAUUUACAAGCGAAAAACUUAAUGAUCUAAUGGAAUGGAUCAAGAAAUACUCUAAAAAUUCAAAGAUUGGUUUCCGUGUUUUUGCACUUGAUGUCAUCUUUUGUAUUCUCACUCGAUCAUCAGAUGUGAGUGAAGAACGAGCUUCUCGUUAUUCGUAUUUUAGUUUACUUCAACUUAUCAUUGCUAGAUGUUCUGAUAAAGCACCAACGGUUCGGGCUAAAGCUCUCUCUCAUCUAGCUCAAUGUAUUUGUUCAGUUAAUGAUGUAAUUAAAUCCAUGGUAAAAAAAUUACUGACGACACCCAUCAAUAAUGGCAGUAUGAAUAAUUGUUCAUCAACAGAUUUUAGUCCAGCUAACCCUUCCCGUCAAAUGAACGUUUCUGCAAUGAUAAGACGACGAGUUUCGGAUGGAAAAGUUCUUGUAAGAAAAGCUGCUAUUCAGGUGUUAGAGUCCAUUAUAAGAAUCAAUAGUGAUGAGCUUUGUGAAAAGGAUCUUCGGACGCUACAUGAGAGGACUAUGGAUUCGGCAUUAUCAGUUCGCAAGCAAGCUGUGAUAUCCAUAACAUCUUUGUUAAAUGAAAACUCCCGCUCGUCUCUAAUGCAUCGGAUUUGGUUGGAUGCCAUUUUGCCUUUGGUGACGGAUCGAGAGACUUCAGCGCAAGAGAAAUGUCUUAGCAUUUUGGAAGGAAUAAUUUUGAAGAAUAUUUCUAUGGAAACGACAGGCGCUGAACAACUAUUAAGUUGGAAUUUGUUGGAAUUGAUAGCAGGCGAGUCGGGCCAAGAGUUAAGACAUUAUUUUCAGAAAGUGUGCAAUUACUGGUCAAAGCAAGGUAAAUUUACCCCAGAUAAAGUGAACGCAAUCAUGAAUCAACGUGAAAACGCAUAUGCCUCCUCGGCUUGGCUAUUGUUGUCUGAGAUUUCGUCAUCAAAAUCAAAAUUGGAUCCUCAAAAGAUAAUUAAUUGCUGCGUCAAGUAUAUGGCAGACGGCAACGACAAAUUGCUUUGUAGAUGCCUUAAAGUGUUAGAAAAUAUUGCUGUCACCAUUCCGGUUGAAAGUAAAGAAACUUUAGCAGAGACAUUAAAAAGAAAGUUAUCUUCAUUUACCUGCGCUCCUGAAAUCAUAGUUUCUGCAAUGAAUGCUUUGUUUAAGCUCUGCGAAUCCAUCCCGAAGGGCGAUAGGAAGAUUGAUCGAUGGUGCAAUGAAUUGCUUAACAUGUCUGAAUCGUAUUUAUCUAAUGUUGUACUUAACCCAGAUUCAGAUGAUUGUGUUGAUGAAGGUGCCAUCAUAAGAUAUCUUUUUUCAAUUGGCGAAGUUGCUUUGUUGUGCCCUCGUAGUUGCAACAAAAGAUUAUACUUGGUCGUUCAAUCAAUGAUCAUAACGCCACCACGAAUUGAAGGUUGCGGGCAAUCGACACCAGUUCCUCUGCAAGGAUGUGUUUUGACACCAACAGUCAAGGCUCACGCUUUUAUUACUCUCGGAAAACUGUGUUUGCAGAAUGAAACUUUAGCUAAGGAUUGUAUAGCUGCACUGACAAAGGAAAUGGAUACUUCACAAGAUCCAGCUGUUAGAAACAACAUCACUGUUGUCCUUUGUGACUUGUGUGUUAGGUACACGAAUCUUGUCGACCGUUACAUACCAAAUGUUGCAAGAGGUUUAAGAGAUGAAGAACCGUUGAUACGUAAACAAACUUUAACCAUGCUCACACAUUUGCUGCAGGAGGACUAUGUCAAAUGGAGAGGUCCGCUGUUUUUCCGUUUUAUUACUGCUUUGGUUGAUGAAAACGUUGACAUAAGGAAAUUUGCGGAGUUUUGUAUGGUACAUUUACUAUUAACUCGCCAUCCUGGCAUGUUUCAUCAACAUUUCAUUGAAUCUAUUUUCCAUUUCAACGCUUUUGAUGAACACAACGUAUAUAACCGGUUUCACCAAACAGAAAAAGAGAAGGAAUUGUUUUCAUUGAAAGGAGAGAAAAGGCAGGGUACUAAACGAAUGAUUAUCUACAAGUUCUUGCUCGAUCACACGACGGAUGAGCAGCGUUUUAAUUUAAUUGGAAAGUUAUGUCAAGAGAUACUUGGUGGAUUUACAGAUGGUGCCAUAAAGUUUAACGAUAAUUCUAAAUCUGUUCUUAAAGAUGCUCUGGCGAUUCUUUCUACUAAGAAUAUCAAACUGUCUUCCACGCAGUCUGUUGCGGCUGAAGAUCUUGCUGAUGAAGGUGAUGAAGCUGGUGCUGCUAUAGCAUCUGCCCGGACGAAAUUUCUCACUCAGAUUGUUAAAAAGAACAUGAUAGAAAAUAUUAUUCCCAUAAUAAUCGAACUAAAGAACUUGCUUGAAAAACAACGGUCACCUCUUCUUAAAGACUUAAUGCUGUGUCUUAAGGAUAUCAUAAAAGAUUACAGCACGGAGGUUCAAGAUGUAUUGUCUGCUGACCGUCUACUUGCAAAGGAAAUUGAGUUUGAUUUGAGGAAAUUUGAUGAAGAACAGAAAGCGUUAGAAAAAAAACGACGAGAGAAAGCAAGUUUAUCUGACCUUGUUAAUCGAUCUAGAAAAAGUUCUACUUCUGCUCCAUCACUGGAAACUCCUGUAAAGACCGGGGAUUUUGCUACUCCACAACUUCGUACUCCUGGUGGAAAGAUGGUUAUUCCGCUGUCUGAUGAUAUACACGUUGAUCAGCCUGUGACACCUAAACCUUCAACUUGUCAUCAUACUCUUGCUGCUUCGGCUUUAUUGAACUCCGCCAGAAAAGCAGUCGAGGAAGCGAACAAAUUAACUGCAGCUCGAUCUCGGUUUCCUUCCGUUGGAUCUGUGAGGAAUGUAAACAAUAACUUGCAAAAUACGGCUGGCAGAGAUGGAGAAACGGCUAAAAAGAAACCAGGAUCAAAGACCUUAACGCGGAGUGAUGAGAAUGAAGAGAUCAAUGAAAAGUCAUCAAAUCGACGCACUGUCAGGGCAGUUAGCACUCCUGAAUGUGAUACAAUGCACAUGUCAAGAAUCUCGUUCGCUACGACUCCUCUUUCGCCAAUACUUAAUCUAGUACCUGUAAAUGUUUCUAAACUAACGCAAGGCUCGUACAAUACAAGUUCAAACAGGAAAAAACAGGAGUGUAAAGAGAAGAAAGUUUUAUGUUUACCUUCUCCCGUGCUGCAGGCACCAAAACCAAGGAAAUGGAAUGUUACAUCACCUGUACAAGCCUGUAAAUUAAAUCCACGGAUAUCAUUACGCCAAAAUUCUCUUCAAAAUGACUCUGUUUCAAGCAGGACGCGGUCAAGAAUCAAAUAAUGAAAAGUUGUUGGCGUUGUGGAGUUAUGUAUCCUGAAAAAGUGGAUAGAAUGGGGUGUUGAGGAUGGUUUUGCUGAAAAUAUUGACGGUU